CUCCACAACGCAUUGCAUUUUGUUUUGUUUGUUUGCAACACAUUGUUAUUGACCAAUUCGAGCAAAAUGGAUAUCUUGAAAGCCGAAAUAGCCCGCAAACGCAAGCUGCUUGAACAGAAGCAGUUGGUAGACGACAAGAAGAAGUACUUCAGACGCGGCGACCUGAAUGCCAAGGACACGGAGGAGGUGCUCCAGAAGGUGGGCUACAAGAAGCAAGAGUCCGUUGAGGCCCAGGGACAGACCACCGAAGGCGCCUACAGCUUCGUUGCCGACGGCCAGAAUAUCCUGCCACGCACAGAGGUCAUCCGGCGACUGAGGGAGCGCGGAGAACCCAUCCUGAUAUUCGGCGAAACUGAACCAGAAGCCUUCGACAGACUGCGACAGUGCGAGAUCUCGCAGCCAGAGGCGAACCGCGGCUUCCGCAAUGACUUCCAGGAAGCCAUGGAGCAGGUGGAUGCCGCCUACUUACAAGAGAUGUUUGCCAACACACCGACCGCCAAGGAGGACAAGAAGUCGGACUUUGCCGAGCUGGACGAGUCCGUAUCGUGGGAGAGCAUACAAACGAUGGCCCAGAAGAUGGGUCGCAACAAGGAGUACGACAUGGACGUGAUAAUCACGCUGCUCACCUUCCUGCUCAAGCUGUGGAAUGACCAGAUCGCCAACUAUAGCAAGCAUGAGAAGAUGUCUACCAAGGUGAAGAUGACGCGGGUCAUAUACACGCAGACCAAGGAGUACGUAAAGCCGCUGUUCCGCAAGUUGAAGCACCACACUCUGCCGGAGGACAUCCUGGACAGUCUGCGCGACAUCUGCAAGCACCUGCUCAACCGCAACUACAUCACCGCCAGCGACGCCUACCUGGAGAUGGCCAUUGGCAACGCUCCGUGGCCCAUCGGCGUGACCAUGGUGGGUAUCCAUGCUCGUACUGGUCGCGAGAAGAUCUUCUCCAAGAACGUGGCCCACGUGAUGAACGACGAGACGCAGCGCAAGUACAUCCAGGGUCUCAAGCGACUGAUGACCAAGUGCCAGGAGUACUUUCCCACAGAUCCCUCGAAGUGCGUUGAGUAUGUCAGCAAGAAAGAUCGCGAAUAAAUUGAAGCUUUACAUUAGUAGUAAUAUAA